AUGACACCCAGUUUGGCUUAAGACCUAUUUAUGAUACCCAACACUUAGAUUUCACCUACCAAUCGACUAGCUCUUAAUUGUUCUAUCUAAAUCCACCUGGCGAUGAUGCGAAUGCCUUUCUUCUAUUUUCAGCCGCUACGUAGGACUUCGCAUACUGAUGGGACUGCACACCGGCGAGAAUCCAUACCGUUCAUUGAAACCCCUAUUGAUGGGAACCAUGGAACACGCCUCCACAGGCAUUUCGAUGCUACUCCGAUUGAACUGUUCUUUGACUUGUUUUUCGUGGCGAAUCUCUCUACUUUUACUGCUACGCAUGAAAUUCACAAUGUAGAAGCUUUAGGGGCAUACAUAGGCUUUCUUGGGGUGAUUUGGUUCACCUGGCUUCAGGUUACUCUAUUCGAUAUAAGAUUCGCCAGGGACUCGGUUUUCGAACGAACCUGCAAGGCUAUACAGCUAGCAGCUAUGGUCGGUUUUGCAUCUGCAGGCACGCGAUUUACCACCCGUGUUAGAGACGAGAAUGUCUGGGCCUUUCAAUCACUGAGCCUCUUUCUCGGCGGGAGCCGAAUCUUACUAGCUUUACAAUAUACGGUCAACAACGUCGUCUUCCUUCGUAAACGAAUGAAGCCUGCUGCCAAAGGGGUCUCCAUUAUCGCCGCGACGCUGUUUGUCUCAAGCUUAAUCUAUCUAGGGAUGUUUUAUAUCUUCGGGGUGCAGGAUGGGAUCCGUUCCUAUAUAUGGACCGUUUGGUUUGCUUUGUUCGGACUAGAGAUGUGGGUUAUAAUGGGAGUCUCUUGUGUGACACCCGGAAUUGGACUCCAAGAUACCCACUUGAACGUAAGAAUGGGUCUCCUUACGCUAAUCAUUAUUGGCGAAGGGGUCAUAUCAGUCACCAGAAUUGUGAAUAGGACCGUGCGGCCGGGGGGCUGGACAAAGUGGUCGUUUGUUCACAUUCUAGGAGUCACUACUAAUGUGUACUUUCUGUGGCAAGCGUAUUACGAUCUCUCACCUAGGGGCAUGCUUGGCAAAUAUUCCCAGCAGCUAUGGGCCCAGCUCCAUUUUCCCUUUCAUGUGGCCCUAGUUCUCCUUCUUGAAGGAUCACAGAUUCUUGCCUUGACCCUAGACAUUACCUUGAAGCUCACGUACCUCGAGGAAACUAUCAUGUUUGCUUGCGAGGAACCACGGCCCAGACCCGGAAUAGCCAUUGGUCUUCUUCGGAAUACCAUUGAGGACAUGGAGAUUAAUUACAGCCGCGGCGCAAUAAAAGAAAAGAUGGCCAUCGACGCAAUCUUGGAAGAUUUGCCCAAUCACCCCUUGUGCCCGGGAGCGAAGGUGAUUGGUUUCUUCAUCACGAAUGAUCGCCUCAAUGACCUUGUGGGUAAUGUUACUGCCGCUCUGUUUUCUAGUAUGGGAAUCAUACCUUCGGAGGAGACAAACAUAGGGCAGUUGACUAGCUCGCAGUUGCUGAGAAUGUACAUGGAGCUACUCGGGUUUGUCUACAUAUAUUUUUUCAUCGUUGCAUCACUGGUGAUGUUUCUUUUUGCCGCCUUCGCAGUAUUGGCUCGUCGCCACAACUUCUACAUUAGUAUUAGAAUAACGACCCGCAUCAUCCUCGGGGUGAUCUUGGCAAGCCUAGUGUCUUUCGUUGGGAAAUUUGCGCUUGCGUACGAUUUCAUGACAUCUCCCGCGAUACUAUACGCAUUCACAUUUGCUCUUUUGACAGUGUUCGGCGUUGACCGAGUCUUGGACCUCUAUGAGAGCCACCAUGAGACCAAUAUGAAUCUGGAAGAUGCAGGAAAGCGUAGUCAUUCCGAUAGCUCCUAGUCCCGAGCAUCUCACGGAUCCCUUCCUACCAUAGCUUUAUUUACGAAUGCGUCGAAUAAUCAGCCAUGGAGAUCUACACGGAAACGAAACGCCCAACUUCAAGUGUGUCACAUGAGAUCCUGCAUUAGGGUAUC